AUAUUUGGAAUAUGCGCGCAAAUUUGAACCUCCAUCAUCUGCAACUGAAUCUACGAGUACUCCAGAUGACUCAAGCGAUAUGGAUAUAGAAUCGUAAUAGAUAUAUAGUUGUUUCUUCACGAUUUAUUUACAUAUCAACUUUACAUAAUAUAAAAUUCUUUUUUUUUUUAAAUAGACCAAAAAGUGAAAGCAACGUAAACUUAAUGAUGCAUUCUUAUUCUAGUUUAUGGUGUCGACGAUGUUAUGUGUAUGAUUGUAAACUCCAUGGUACUGAUUUUAGACCGUCGGAAAACAGAAAACGUCCUCGACCACUAAAUGAUAAAAAUAAACCUUGCGGAGUGGAUUGUUAUAUGCAUCUAAAAAGAGAGGCACGUUCACCAUAUGAUAAAUGGAACGAUGUCGAAAUUGCAUUAUUUAGAAAGGCUGCAUUACUUAUCGGAAGCAAGAAUUAUUGUCAAAUAGCUGAUAUCAUUCCAAGUAAAAAUUGUAAACAGGUCUAUCGACGAUCUCGAGCACUUGGUGAAGUCGAAAAAGAACAGGAAGUUGAGGUUGGAUCAUCUUCAGAUGAAGCGAAAAAGAAGAGCAGAAAGAUUAUGACUAAAAUUGUAAUCGAUGCAGAAAAUCAUUCGGAAUAUCAUCCUUGUGAUCAUCCUGGUCGUCCAUGCGAUUUUAAUUGUCCUUGCAAAAAAGGCAAUGUUCCAUGCGAAAAAUACUGUCACUGUGAUCUCGAUUGUCCACGACGAUUCCCUGGAUGUAAUUGUUAUGGAUUUGGAAAAACAUGCAGUAAUCGUGGUUGUAUAUGUUUUACUAAUUACCGAGAAUGUGAUCCAGAUUUAUGCGGAUGUACAGCUUCUGAGUGUAAUACAAGCCAUUCGGUGUCCGAAACAGACAUGGGAAGGUCUUUGUGUAAAAAUGUCGCUAUACAGAGAAGGCAAGCCAAGCAUACUAUUGUCGGUAUUUCUACGGUGGCAGGUUGGGGUCUUUUCGUAAGAGAACAUGUUAAGAAAAAUGAAUAUUUAGGAGAAUAUAUCGGAGAAGUUAUAUCACAAACUGAAGCAGAUCGCCGUGGUAAAAUUUACGAUAAGCGAAGAACAAGCUUUUUGUUCAACUUAAAUAAAGAAUUUGUUGUAGACGCGACUCGUAAAGGAAAUAAAUUUAGAUUCAUUAAUCAUUCACAAGAUCCAAACGCAUAUUGUCGCGUCACUUUAGUUAAAGGCGAGCAUCGUAUUGGAAUAUACGCCUUAUGUGACCUUGAACCUGGAUCUGAAUUAUUUUUUGAUUAUAGAUACGAUGGAGAAGCUUUGAAAUUUGUUCCUAAUGAGCGUGAACUUGCUGCGAGUCCUGUAAAAUCAAUCUCCAAUGGAAAAUAAAUCGUUAUU